UUAACUAAGGCAGCGAAAUUUAUACUUAUAGAAGAGACUAUUAUAGUAGAUAAAUACGCGUAUAAGGUUAUAAAGGCACUAGUAUUAAAGUAUAGAAUACCUAAAGAGUUUAUUACUAAUUAUAAUAAACUGUUUACGUCUAAAUACUAG